AAUCAUACCCCUUUUCAGUGAUGGCGGAAAAAGACACAGAUAGUCAUCCUAUUGCGUUCAGUUGUCCAGUUUGUUUGGAGAAAGUGGUUAGACCCAAAUGUUUACCAUGUUUACAUACUUUCUGUGAAGCAUGUUUACAGAUAUUUAUAUCGAGAUCCGCGACAGGGAAAGACAAGCAGACAUUUGAAUUCCAAUGUCCCGUGUGUCGCCACGUCACUGGUUGUCCUGAGCCAGGAAUUCCAGUAGAAGAAUGGGCUAAACACUUCCCGGUCAACGUUUUAAUCAACGCAAUGACAAGUUCCAUGGAUCAAAACGAUGAGCAUAAAUACUGUGCCAUUUGUUUACGUGACGACAAGCAGAACAAGGCGGAGUCUUGGUGUCACGAAUGCUCCGAGGCAAUUUGCACAUCCUGUAAACGCCUACAUCAAAUUGUUAGCAGCCUGCAAAAACACAAAUUUUCACCAUUGAAUUUAGAGAACAAAGACAGGAAACUGAAGUUUCCAGAACUUGAUGAACCGUGUCAUUUACAUCAAGGUAAAUAUGUUGAAGUAUUUUGCUUGGAUCAUGAGAAGCUUUGCUGUAGUGUAUGCUUUGCUACCCAGCAUAGACACUGUCAGCAUGUGGAAGCAUUAGAUGAAGUUGCCAAAAAUAUGCGAAAGUCAGUUGUUGAGUGGAACAUUGCUGUUCUUUCUAGAAUAUCAAAAACAACAAGAGAAGUAAUUGCCCACAAAGAAAAAGCAAUAAUGCAAGCAAAUACCCAAAAGAAGGAAAUCUUGGAAAAUGUUUCAGCAGAAAUUAAGAACAUUAAAUCCAGACUUGACGAAGCUGAGCAACAAUUUGAAAAGACGUAUCUUAAAACACAUGAAGAUAACGAGGAACAAUUGAAGCAAUGCGUCUUUGAUAUGAAGCAAUAUCUUCUGACUGUGAGGAACGGAGAAACCCUUCUUUCUGCUAUUCAACAGGAGGCUCCAUCAAGCAAAUGUUUCAUUCUACGGUGAAAACAAUCAACGAUGUAGAGGAACAGUUCAAGCUAUAUAAAUCUGGAAACCCUCAAGACGAAGAGAAUGAUUAUGAACACAAUCACACAACAAUGCUGAAGCAAAUUUGCGAACACAAUAAGAUAGAUGAUGUCAGAUUACUACCGAAACCAUCAGGAGCUAUAUGGAAUUUGUCAAAACACUUGUCAUCAUUUCGGAUCUUUGAGAAAGCGGACGAAGAACAGGCAUUGGCGAUAUUUGAGAAUUUGGCAACUCCUGAGUCACUGAAUGCAGAGAAAACAUAUGCGUUCCAGCUAUCUACCCCAGCACAGCUUGGUAUUUUUAUUGACAACGAAACCUUGGCAAUGGUUUCUUCUUCAAAUAGUCUGUCAUUUUAUAAUAUGGAAGGAUUGUCAAUAACUUGCAAUCCUCAAUUGCAAGUGAAAAGCAAAACUCUUCUUUGUAUAGGACAAACCAAAGAUAUUCUAUACAUGGGAUGCAUGACCACAAUCCAGAGGCUGGUGCUAAAAAAGAAAAACAACAGUAUUUCUGUUACUUGCGAGGAAAAGGUGGACGUAAAACAAGAAAUUGACGCUUUUAGCGUAGAUGAAGAACAGAACAGAAUAAUCAUUGCAUCAACGACAGGUAUUACCAUCUUUACAUUAUCUCCUGCUGUGUCAAUUGCUCACACUAUCGCCUUUCAAAGUCCAGAAACACCUCUCAUUAUUGCAGUGUCAAAAUCGCACGACCGGUUUGCUGUUGUAAUUGGAAAUGAGAUAGUUUGUUAUUCAGUUACUGGAGAAGAAUUUCGGUAUCAACACACUGACUUGCAGAAUCCACAGUGCUUGGCAAUUGAUACCAGAAACAACAUAUACGCGGUGUAUUCAAGACCUCAGAAGUGCGGGAACUGUUAUAUUGUUCAAGAAGAUUAUGGUUAUUCUGAGUUCCAGGAUUAUGCCUAUCAUGAAACUGAUUUUGGUUAUGGCGAUGAGGAGAAUUUUGUCAAUAGAUACUGUCAAAAUUGUGGAAUUUCAUCUCGGGAACAUGUAGACACUAGGGAAAUGUUCCAGAUUUCACAUGACAAAGGUGAUGGUCGAAGUUUUCUUUCAAAUUGUCCAGAGACCCGUUUUAUGUCUUUCAAUCGGAAUUCUGAAAAACUUCUUAUUUCUGAUGGGCAAACAUGUACUCUUUAUAAGCUUAGUGUUUCAGGUUUUAAACAAUGACAGUAAGUGCAUAUGGAACUAUUUAUCAUGAUUGUUUAUUCAAGUACAUUUCAAAUUUGUAUUUCAUGAGGCUUUCUUUAUUCUUUAAGUUAGUAAACUCAUUAUCAGCAAAAAA